AUGGUUCAGCAUCUGACCAUCGGUCUCUCACAGUCGCGUACUCUCUCCUCAUUGAGCUUGACACUUUCGGCGCUUUGGCAGACCACGAAACAAGCAGCUGAAAAAGGCGUGUCCAUUCUUCUUUUCCCGGAGGCGUACCUGGGAGGCUACCCUCGAACCUGCUCAUUCGGGACAUCUGUAGGCUCACGCUCGGAAAGAGGUCGUGAACAAUUCCUCGCAUAUUUUAAAUCUGCUGUUGAUCUCGGCGACACACCUGAGGGUGCAUGCGAUGACUGGAUUGAGAACAAGCUCCCACUCAAUGGCGACACAGGCCGACGUGGUGACGGCACGCGCCAAUAUCUCGAGAACGUCGCUCGUGAAACGGGUGUCUUUAUUGUGACUGGUGUCGUGGAGAAGGCCGGCGGAAGCUUAUACUGCGCGGCGGUUUACGUCGACCCUCGACGUGGUGUUAUUGGCAAGCGGCGCAAGAUGAUGCCGACAGGUUCAGAGCGCCUCAUCUGGGCUCAGGGGUCCUCGUCGACGUUAAAAGUCGUUACCACGACCAUCAAAGGUGUUAGGGUAGUCAUGGGCUGCGCUAUCUGCUGGGAGAACUAUAUGCCCUUGCUGCGAUAUAGUCUGUACAGUCAGGGUGUGAAUCUGUGGUUGGCGCCGACGGCUGACGCACGCGAUACUUGGGAGCCGUUGAUGCGUGUUGUAGCCUGCGAAGGUCGAUGUUUCGUGCUUAGUGCCAACCAGUGCGUCAAGCAGAAGGAUCUUCCUAGUUGGAUUAUCCCCUCAAGGGCAGACGGUGAAGGUCUUGGAGAAACAUUAAGUGAUCCGUUAAACCCUCCGAAGAGUUCUCGUCUAGUCGGCGACGAUGACCACUUCGUAUCCGUGGGCGGCUCUUGUAUCGUCGGCCCCCAGGGAAAGACGCUCGCUGGGCCGAGUUGGGAGCGAGACAAUGAUCUACUGUACAUCGAGGUGGACUUUGAGGAUUGUGAACGAGGUCGCCUUGACUUUGAUGCUGUAGGUCAUUAUUCAAGGCCGGACGCAUUCAAGCUUACAGUUGAAGGUUUGGAUCUCAAUCCACCACCCUGA